AUGUCAUUUUCUACUGGUAAUUCUUGUGAGGAAUCUAAAUGCCCUCUCUCUCGCUGGAAUUUUAAUAAUACAAUUUACUCAUAUUCAUGCCCUUAGCAUGGUUAAUAAUUUAGUACUUCGUUUAAAUUUACUAGCAGUGGCUAUAUAUUAGAUUUUUAUGAAUUAAAUUCUGAAAAAAUAUUGAGUAUUCCCCUCAGAUAUAAUUAAAAUGUCAAUCAAAAUGGACUUUAGUUCAUAGGUUAAAUGCAAAAUAAUAUGCAAAUAGCUAUAUUCAAUUGUACUUAUGAUAUUUCCAAAUAAUAUACUCAUCUUUGCUUAGAUAACGAGCUAGUAGUUGGUAAAUUGAUUAACAAUACUUUUCAUCAAAAUUGUGGCUAUGGUCUGAAUAAAUUUUUUAAAACUUUAGAAAACAGCUGA